UCGCGUCUAUAUCGCGGCGGUAGCUGCGAGUCGCGAGAGCUCGACCGGCAGCUCGUACACGACCCCGACCGCCUUCUAUUUCAGCGUACUUUCAGUUCCGUUUGGAUACCCGAUCACAGAACGAGGCGGUUUUCUGCCCCUCUUCUCCGUCUUUGUCUAUUACCCUCUCGCUCGCUUUUUCGCUCGCCCACUCUUACACUUCUCACCCUCUCUUCUCUCUCCCUCACCCUAGCUAUCUAGCUGUUGCCCCCUUGGUUCUAUCCGCGCACACGCCUCGCUUCUGCCGUCCGCUUCACCUUUUUCUCCACCGCUGUCUCAGUGUACCGCGAGUCGCCUACGUCUGCUUGUAGACCUCGUAUCGUCCGCGUGUGAUAGUGCGUCAACGAUCGUAGCCCUGUUCGCUCGAACCCGUCGUCCGAUCACCCAGUCACAUCGGCUUCGCUUCGCCACCGUAGCGGCCGGUGCGUACGAUGACCGAUCCACCUACCUCGUCGUAUCUUUCGAGGACGCAUUUGAGGAGCAAGUGAUCGCGAAUCUCGACGAACGCGUCGUAGUCGUGCAGCGUCGAGCGACAACGGGGUAAGCUACGCGAGCACUAGCGUCAUCGUCUUCGGAGAACUAUCAACGGUAACGAUGACGAGGCGUCGUGAACGCGAACCAGCGGUAUCGUCCUAACCGAAUCUCGAGUCGAAGAUUUCGUACGCGAAUCUCGAGAGGGAUUGGGCAGCGAUAAAGCAGCAUGGUUUUGCACAAGGACGAGCGAGUUAGCGGACGUGUAACGAACGAGAAAGGGAAGAGGAAGCGUGCCGAGAGGAUUUGAUGUAAGAGAAGCAAGCCUGCAGAAGUGGGAGCAGCACGCUUGGCCAAGUUGCCUGGAUACGGCUAGCAGCACCGUGUUGCGCUCCGCUGAAGUAGGAGGAAGCGAAGGAGGUGGAAGGUGGUGCUAAUACACGAAAGGAUGGAGGGUGCAGUGGACAGUAGUGGGACGAAGAAGACGAUGCACGAGGCCGACCAGGCUACGAACGCAGGCUCGUGCCGCGUCCAACAAUCGCGAUAACAUAGCUGCCUUCUUUGGAUACGAUUGUCUAUAAUAAUCGUGCCAGAAGCGUUACUCGCCGAGGCAACUCGCCGCGUCCAACUCUUCGUACUCCGGUCUCCGCAACUGCUAUCCCUUGAAAACUCAUCAACACCUUCAGCGCAUAUCAUCGUUCACCGAUACCUUCGAUUCGAACUGUACAACCUUUCGCUUCUUUCACGAUUCUUCCUCGAUUCUUGUAUGAAGGUGGUCGCGCGAAUUCCUAAUGAGAAAUUUCGAUAAGGUCGCGGAUCAGAAAAUAGCAGUGUCAAGAAGAAACGGAAAGUGUGUUCGUAGUAUUUCGUUCCUCCGAUCGUACUUCCAUAAGGGAUGAGUGUAUUCGUGCCAGUGAAUACCGUAUUCGUAGUUUGAUAACGAAAGAGAAAGAAAACGUAUUAGGUCGAAUACACGCGUCUGUGAUCGAUACAAGCACCUGUGAAACGAACGCGUCCGAAAGACAUAUGGAAUUUUCUUUACGUACGCGUAUCCGGAUACAACGGUCCUCUUUUCGCAAACGACGCGUCAGCUCGACCUGUACUUGAUACGCGAAGCUAGAACGUUGCCGUGUAAAUGGUAAAUUGAUAAACGAUACCGAGACGACAGACGCCGAACGCAAUCGUAGGUGCUUAAAGCGAGCAUGCUCGGCGCAUGGAGAGGUUCGAUGCGGAUCUAAAACCGUGGUGUCGAUAGGCAGCAGCGGCAGUAGCGACCACCAAAAAGUUUGAGCGAGUACGCGUGUGGCGGGUGAUUGUACAAAGGAAAAGUGUCGAGGACAACGAUUGGUUAUGACGGCAAAGUCAGGCGGCAUCGUUUCGGGUGCAUCGUUGUGACGAUUAGCGUACAACUCGCGGUUCGAUCGUUUGCCUGUCGACAGGAUGAUCAGAAUCAGGAAGACAGUUCGCGACGAAGAGUUCCCGGGCGACGUUCGAGACGGUGAUCGCAGUUCGUAAAAGUGACACGAAAAAUAUAUAGUGUAGUGCGCGCACCAGUGGAGAACGGACGGACGACGGAACAGCGGCUGGAGAACGAAAGGAAGGGAGCAUUCGCCGGAUUCCGGGUGGCCGACUCUUGCGAAUAGGAAAUGUCGAGCUGGCCGAGUCUGCAAAAUUCAUUCGCCAUGGCGAACCAGACGAGAGGUCUGCCACAGAUGCGAAUAAAGCUUUGUACGGUCAGCGCCGGUCUCCAAAUAGUCCUCUUGCUCACCGUCCUACCUCAAGAGAGCCUGUGCGGACGUCACGAGAAACGUCUGUUGAACGAGCUGCUGUCAUCAUACAACACACUGGAGCGGCCCGUUGCCAAUGAGAGCGAGCCUCUCGAAGUGAGAUUUGGCAUCACGCUGCAGCAGAUCAUAGACGUGGAUGAGAAGAAUCAAAUAUUGACGACGAACGCGUGGCUGAAAUUGGAAUGGAUGGACUACAACCUUCAAUGGAACGAGUCCGAGUACGGUGGCGUGAAGGACCUUCGAAUUACACCGAACAAGCUUUGGAAGCCAGACAUUCUCAUGUACAACAGUGCGGAUGAGGGUUUCGACGGGACGUACCAAACAAACGUGGUGGUCACGCAUAACGGCAGUUGCCUGUACGUUCCUCCGGGCAUCUUCAAGAGCACUUGCAAGAUAGACAUCACUUGGUUCCCCUUUGACGACCAACACUGUGACAUGAAGUUCGGAUCCUGGACCUACGACGGCAACCAGGUCGACCUCGUGCUCAGCUCGGAGAAGGGCGGCGACCUGUCCGACUUUAUCACGAAUGGAGAAUGGUACCUGAUCGGAAUGCCGGGCAAGAAGAACACGAUAACGUACCAAUGCUGUCCGGAGCCUUACGUCGACGUCACCUUCACCAUACAGAUCCGCAGAAGGACUCUGUACUAUUUUUUCAACCUGAUCGUGCCGUGCGUGCUGAUAUCGAGCAUGGCCCUCUUGGGCUUCACCCUGCCGCCAGAUUCCGGGGAGAAACUCACCUUAGGAGUGACCAUUCUGCUGUCGCUGACAGUUUUCCUGAACCUCGUGGCAGAAAGCAUGCCGACGACCUCGGACGCUGUCCCUCUAAUAGGAGUGACCAUCUUGUUAUCGCUGACGGUGUUCCUGAAUCUCGUCGCCGAGACCCUGCCCCAGGUCUCCGACGCUAUACCACUGUUAGGGUCGUACUUCAAUUGCAUCAUGUUCAUGGUGGCGAGCAGCGUCGUUCUGACGGUGUUAGUACUAAAUUUUCAUCACAGGACGCCAGACAGAUACGUGAUGCCUCAGUGGAUUAAAACGUUGUUUUUACAAUGGUUGCCGUGCUUGCUGCGCAUGAGUCGUCCAGGGAAGAAGAUCACAAAGAAGAACAUUCUGGGAGGAAACCGAAGAGGGAAAAGUAUAGAACUGAAGGAGAAGAGUAGCAAGAGUUUACUGGCGAAUGUUUUAGACAUCGACGAUGACAUCCGUCACAAGAAUAGCGCGGCAAAUCCUCCUUCCGGCUACAUAAGGUCGGCGUUCGGUACACCAAUAUCUACUGGAAGGCCUGCAACGGUCGAGGAUACGUCGGCGUCGUUACCUCUUAGCGGGAUGCAAGAGGAACUGCACACGAUUCUUAAGGAAUUGCGAUUCAUCACGGAUCGCAUGAAAAAGGCGGACGAAGGCGAUGAGAUCAUUAGCGAUUGGAAAUUUGCCGCCAUGGUGGUGGACAGGCUUUGUUUGAUCGUCUUCACGAUGUUCACGGUUUUGGCCACGAUAGUGAUAUUGUGUCGUGCGCCACACAUAAUCGUCCAAUAAACAGACUGCUCCGGUCAAGUCACCGAAAAAAUGCACAAAAAAUGCCAAAGAAACGACGACACGUGGGUUUCAAGGAGGCUGCCAGGAUGAAGCGACCAAGGGACGAAAGUACGAAAAGGACUGGUUGCUUCGUACUUCCUUUGCUCCCGCUCUCCCUCUCUCUCCGUCUCUGGUCUCUCGUUUUCUAUUCUAACGAAGGAAGGAAACGGAGGAAUUGCACGCGAGGAAAACGUGUGAGACGGGCUUCCAGCUUCGACGAAAUUCCAAGAAAGAAAACGAGGAAA